AUGCGGACCGCAGUGGACUCCACUAUCGGCUCUAGUGCUCAGUUGGAGUUCCCACUACUACUGGACCGCCUGGGACGCGUUAUGGGGUUUGAGGCGCUACACGCAAGCGGUCUCCAAGAUCACGGCCGCCCUACCCUUGCAAGGCGGGCCCCGUCCUCGGCGGCCCGCAGAGCGAUAGAUGUAGACGCUGGAGAGAUCGGGCUCCACGCUGACGUUCGCGUAAGGGGCGAAGUCCAGCACCGUCACCCUCACCGCCCUCGGCUUGCUGACCGAGCACUCCGGCUGAAACGGACGGUCGUUGAAGCGAAACGCGGAAAACACGACAAGAAAAUAAAAACGUAUAUCUUUACCACGCUCAGGUAUCCCGUACAUUGCCCCUCGUUUAUGUAUGACUUUUCCGACCGAUGCGCCAGAGAGCCCCACCGCGCCCGCUCCGGUGCAUCGGUCCACGCCGAGUGGUGCGAUGAGAUAGCGCAGAAUAAGGCGAUCAUAUGGUAUGAAACCAAAGGGCACUUAGAAGAAUACGAGCGUCUGGUACGGCCCAUCUUUGGCCGUUGUCGCAGACAGAGCGAUCGCCGCGACGGUGAACCACAACAGGAACAUGCUUCGCAGCGCUCCGAGUGGCGCGGUCGUCGAGUGCAGCGAGCUAAAUACCGCCGCCGAACAGCCUAA